AUGAAGGUGGAUAUAACUGCUUGGAGGCGUCGCGCUGCGCUGAACGUAGCAGGUUGCUACAUAGCGCUCGUGCUGUGGUCGGUGAUGGGCCACGGGGCGCGUGCCGCCAGCCCCGUGGGCCCGUCGGACCGACCAGAGGCCUAUUUCAACGGGAGCUCUUAUAUCCGCCUGUCGCGCCCCAUCUCGCUCAAGCAGCUCGUGGGCCUCAGCUUCCGCACUUGCGUCGGUGGAGAGCUGUUCUCGCAGCGGUUCGAGGGGUAUACGCUGCACGUGACGGCGCUGUUCGAGCAGGUGGUAGUGUCGUGGGCGCGGCCCGGGCAGCCGCAGCGCGAGGUGGGGCUCGCGCGCGAGACCCUAGACAACCGCUGGCACUGGGUGGCGCUGCGUUACCGCCCAGAGCCGCUAUCCUUGCUGCUCGAGGUCGACAAGGACACACAGGUGAUCUCGAACGUGACGUGGAACCCGGAGCUGCUGUCGCCGGGCGCACUGGAGGCGAGCGGCGCUGUGCUGCUGGUGGGCAACUUGUUCAGCGGCUGUAUCCACGAGGGCCCGCAGCUCGAGUUCCACGCGGCAAAUAUGCAGCAUCGCAACGUCGCCUUCGGAAAUUGCCCGCUCACCACCGACGACUGUAUCGAUAGAAAAGAUGUACUGAGGAUACCGCCGAAGGACCACUGCUACAACGAGCCAUGCAUGCGACAUGGAACCUGUAUAUCCAGGCACGAUAGGUACGAGUGUCACUGCAGCGCGCGCUAUACGGGCAACAACUGCGAGGUGGACGCGGGCGAGCCGUGCGCGUCGGCGCCGUGCCAGCACGCCGGCCGCUGCGUGGAGGACGCGCGCGGCGACUACACCUGCCUCUGCGCGCCCGGCUACCACGGCACGUACUGCGAGCUGGAGGAGUCGCUGGACCCGCAGUGCGUGGCGGGCCCGUGCCUCAACAACGCCAGCUGCCGCGUGCCGCCCGGCGCCGACUCCUACGUCUGCGACUGCCCGCCCGGGUUCACGGGGCGCGACUGCGAGGUGGACGUGGACGAGUGCGCGAGCGCCGGCCCGCUCGCCUGCCUGCACGGCGGCCGCUGCCUCGACGCCGUCAACAACUACACCUGCGACUGCACGCACACAGGGUACACGGGGCCCCGGUGCGCGGUGAACGUGAACGAGUGCGAGGAGGAGCGCGCGGCGUGCGGCCACGGCGUGUGCUACGACACGUACGGCGGCUACGUGUGCGCCUGCCUGCCCGGCUACACCGGCGACCACUGCCACAAGAUGUCGGCGUGCGCGUCGGGCCCGUGCGGCGCGGGCGGCGCGUGCGUGGAGGAGGGCGGCGGCGCCGGCUACCGCUGCGUGUGCGCGCGCGGCUGGGCGCCGCCGCUGUGCGACGCGCCGCUGCCCGCGCCGCCCGCCGCGCCGCUGCCCGCCCCGCCGCCCGCCCCGCCCGCCGCCGCCUGCGCCGACCUGCAGUGCCCGCCGCACUCGCACUGUCGCGACGCGCACUCACUCGGUCUCCCAGGCAUGGUGGCCGGCGUGAUGGUUACGAAACAAGUGAUCUGCGUGUGUGAUCUCGGAUACUAUGGUGCGCCGGGCCGGUCGCCGAACUGCUCGCGCGCGGAGAGCGCGUGCGAGGCGGGCGUGUGCCUGCACGGCGCCACGUGCGCGCGCCUGCACGACCGCCCGCACUGCACCUGCGCGCCCGGCUACACAGGCGCAUACUGCGAGUUUGCGAUGGGUGCGGGCGGUGCGGAGGGUGCCGGGGGUGCCGGUGCAGGGGGUACAGUGGGUGCGGUCACGGGGGGUGCGGCGGGCAAGGCGCUGUCGGAAUUGAAGGCGGAACACUGCUCUUCCGCGCCCUGCGUGCACGCCGUCGCCUGCAGGGACCUCGCGGGCGGGUUCCGGUGCGAAUGUGAAGUUGGGUGGGCGGGCGUGCGCUGCGACAUAGCGGACGCGGAAGCGGAGGCGGAAGCUGGGGCAGGGGCGGUGGCGGGGCCGGGCGAGGAGGACUGCCGCACGCUCGGCUGCCCGCACCACCCGGACCAGGAGUGCGUGGAGCAGAACGGAUGGUGGCGGUGCGCGGGUGGUGCGGGUGGUGCGGGGGGCGCGGCGGGCGCUGAAGAGGGCGGGGGCGGGGGCGCGGGCGCGUGCGCGUCGUCCCCGUGCCGCGGCGGCGCGUGCGUGGCGCUGGCCGGCGCGCUGUUCAGCUGCCGUUGCCCGCCCGGACUCACCGGGAGAUUGUGUGAAUUAGAUAAGGAUGAAUGUGCAUUAAUGCCUAAAAUAUGUAAUCACGGAGUUUGCGUUAACGUGCCCGGUUCAUAUCAGUGCUACUGUAAGCCAGGAUACACUGGCGAUAGUUGCGAGCAAGAUAUUGAUGAAUGCCUUUCAUCGCCUUGUAAAAACGGCGGUACGUGUCAGAACUUGGAAAAUAAUUACGAAUGCACUUGCAUGGAUGGUUUUGAAGGCAAAGAUUGUUCGAUAAACAUCAACGAAUGCGAAGCCAACCCUUGUGCCGCUGGGUCCACUUGCGUCGAUGGUAUUGCCAGUUAUUCUUGUGUGUGUCAGGAUGGAUUAACGGGAGCUAAUUGUGAAAUUGAUAUUGACGAUUGCGAGUCGCAGCCGUGCCAGCACGGCGGGCGCUGCACGGACGCGCUGGGCGGGUUCUCGUGCGCGUGCGCGGGCACGGGCUACGCGGGCGCCACGUGCGAGCUGGACGUGGACGAGUGCGCGUCGCAGCCCUGCCGCCACGGCGCCACCUGCAUCGACGAACUCAACGACUACCGCUGCGCCUGCCACCCCGGGUACACAGGCAAGAACUGCGAGGUGGACGUGAACGAGUGCGAGAGCUCGCCGUGCCAGUUCGGCGGCGUGUGCCUGGAGCGCAGCAACGCCAGCCUGUACCGCGAGCCCGGCGCGCCGCCGCUGCUGCUGGGCCCGCAGCCGCACAUGCUGCUGCCCGCCAGCUUCUACCAGCCCUUCUCGCUCGACGCGGCCAGCGGAUACGAGUGCGUGUGCGUGGCGGGCACGGCGGGCGCGCGCUGCGAGGUGAACGUGGACGAGUGCGCGUCGUCGCCCUGCCGCCACGGCAAGUGCCUGGACGCCGUGGGCGGCUACACCUGCCUCUGCGCGCCCGGCUACGAGGGCCACCACUGCGACCUGGAGAUCGACGAGUGCCAGCGGUACACGCCGUGCGUGCACGGGCGCUGCGUGGACCUGCGCGCCGCGUACCUGUGUGUGUGCGAGGCGGGCUGGGGCGGGCGCAACUGCUCGGUGGUGCUGGAGGGCUGCCGUCACCAGCCGUGCCGCCACAACGCCACCUGCCUGCCCUGGCUGCAGCACGAGACCGAACACCGCUUCAACUGCUCCUGCACGCCCGGACACUACGGCACCACCUGCGAGAAGAUAACGACGAUGUCGCUGGAGAACAGCAGCUACGCUGAGGUGAACACGUCCCGUGAGGAGGGCUACGACCUGUCGUUCCGCUUCAAGACCACGCUGGGCCACGGGCUGCUGGCCAUGGGCCGCGGCCUCACCUACUUCUUCCUGGAGCUGUCCAGCGGUCGCCUUAACCUGCACUCCAGCCUACUCAACAAAUGGGAGGGCGUCUUUAUCGGGUCCAACCUCAACGACAGCAAUUGGCAGAAGGUGUUCGUGACGAUCAACUCGUCGCACCUGGUGCUGGCGGCCAACGAGGAGCAGACCAUCUACCCCAUCAGCCAGAACGAGGCGUUCAACGCGUCGGUGACGUCAUUCCCGUCCACGCGCCUCGGCACCGCCGGCUCCUCGUACGCCACGCUCACGCACGGACCCAACUACUUCGUCGGCUGCUUCCAAGACGUCGUGGUCAACGGACAGUGGGUGUUACCGGAGGACUCGAACGCGACGUCGGCGGAGGCGACUGGCGGCGAGGAGGAGGAGGACGGGGAGGCGGGGGAGGGGGAGGGGGGAGAGGCCGGGAGCGUGGCGGCCGCCGAGCUGCACGGCGUGGCAGCUGCGUGCCCGCGCGUGGCGCAGUGCUCGCCUAACCCGUGCCGGUGGGGCGGGCUGUGCGAGGACGCGUGGUCGCGCUUCGUGUGCACGUGCGCGCGGCCGCACCUGGGCGCCACGUGCCAGCACACGCUGGCGCCCGCCACGUUCGCGCACGAGCGCGCGCGCGCCCGCUGCGCCGUGCGCGUGCGCGUGGCGCCGCACGCGCGCCGCGCCGUGCUCGCCGCGCUGCACAUCUCCAUGUUCAUACGCACGCGCAAGCCCACCGGACAGAUCUUCUACCUCGGCUCGGGCCCCAGAUUCGGUCAAACGGACGAGACGCUAGUGGGUGCAUCGCUGAAUGGCGGUGAACUACUAUUGCACUUACGCUUCAACCAGACGCCUGAAAACUACACGGUUGGAGGAACAAGGCUCGACAAUGGAUACAUGCACCUUAUCGAGGUGGUCAGAAAUUCAACUUUAGUGCAAGUGAAACUGAACGGCACUGAGUACUUCAGGAAAUCUAUAUCUGCUGCAAGACAGCUCGACGCACAAGUGCUGUACCUGGGCGGGCCCCCGCCGAUGGAGGAGGUGUCAGCACUGCCAGUGCCCGCUGCCCUGUCGUCCCCUGCCUCCUCCGCUUCCCCCGUCCCCGCCUCCCCAGCCUCCCCCGUCCCCGCCUCCCCCGCCUCCACUGUCCCUGCCUCCCCCCUCUCCGCUGACGUCCCCGCCUCCGCCGUCCCCGCUGGCGUCCCCGUCGGUCCCGCGUCCCCCGCUGCCCCGCUGUCUCCGCUGUCCCCGAUGCCCCCUGCUCUCGAGUCGUCGACCCCGGAGCCCACUACGCAAGCGCCGCCGCAAGACGAUCCCGACUACUUUAAGGGUGUCAUACAAGAUGUUCAAGUGUCGAACGGCGCGCAGGUGUGGGUGGUGGAGUUCUUCCCGCUGGUGGCGGAGGGGCUGCAGCUGCCGCCGGCGUUCGGCGAGGUGUCGUUCGACCCGGCCGGCGUGCUGCAGGGCGUCGUGUCCGACGACGUGUGCGCCUCGCAGCCCUGCCUGCACAACGCCACCUGCACCAACACCUGGAAUGACUACACAUGUUCAUGUCCCCGUGGUUACAAAGGCAAGCAAUGUGCAGAAGUGGAAUUCUGUCAGUUACAAGGUUGUCCUCUCAAUUCACACUGUCGCAACCUGGACGGUGGGUACGAGUGCGUGUCGAACGCGACGUUCGACGGCGCCAACACCACGCUGGCCUACCGCCUGCGCGUGCCGCCCGCCUUCCUGCCCAGCGGCGCCGCCCACGCCGCCCACACCGCCCCCAGCCUGGCCCCGCCCACCUCGCUCACCAUCACAUACAGGAGUAAGAGCGGCGGCACCUUGUUCCACGCGGAGCUGAACGAGUGGUGGUUCAGCGUGGGCGUGUUCAAGGAGCAGGUGACGGUGCAGUGGCGGCUGGGUGGCGGGCUGCCGGUGCUACGCCGCAUGCGCGCGCGCCGCGAUCAUCUGCAGUGGGGCACGCUGCGGCUGCGUCUGGCCGACGGACACGUGAUGGGUGCAUUCGUAGAGUCUGAGGGCGAAGAGGAGGUGGGAUUCACGGCGCCCAUCGAUGUGGAGGCGUGGCAACGUCUUAUGCUGGAGGGCGAGUUGCAACUGGGCGGGCUGCGGCGGCCGCGCGCCGCUGCAACUGCUACCACCGUCGCCACUGCCAGCAGCGCUGCCACUGCCACUAGCUCCACGCUAGCCGCCGUGGAGAGCUCCACUGAGACUAUGUGGGAGUACUCGGAGGGUGACGAUUUGAUCAGCGACAAUUUAUCGGGCGAGUACUUUAAAGGGUGCAUGGGCGCGGUGCACGUGGGCGAGCUGCUGCUGCCGUUCUUCAGCGAGGAGGAGCUGUUCGUGGGCGCCACCGCCUCGCUGCUCGCCAGGCAGCCUUACUACGCGCUGCUCUCGGGCCGUCCAUGGGGUGCUUCCCAGGGUGUGGGCUGCGUGCUGUGUCUGGAGCAGGACUGUCAGCGCGGUGGGCACUGCACCGACCUGCGCAGCUCGUACUCCUGCACCUGCCCGCCCGGGUACGCCGGCGACUACUGCGAGAUCGACGUGGACGAAUGUGAAACGAAUCAAUGUCAAAACGGAGCGACGUGCAAGGACGGCGUAGCAAUGUACACUUGCAUCUGUCCGGAAGGCUUUGAGGGCGAACUGUGCUCGGUGGACGUGGACGAGUGCGAGUCCUCGCCGUGCGAGAACGGCGGCACGUGCAGCAACUUCGCGGGCGGGUUCGAGUGCACGUGCGCGGCCGAGUGGCGCGGCGCGCGCUGCCGCCUGCCGCGCGAGCGCUCCUGCGCGCACGCGCCCUGCGCACCCGCGCGCGCCGCCUGCAGGGACCAGCCGCCCGACCCGCCAACUGGUAACAACUACACUUGCGACUGCUUCGAGGGUUUCGAGGGUGUGCACUGCGAGUUCGCUUUCUGCGAGUUGGAGCCCUGCGUGCACGGCACCUGCGUCACUGAUGCCAACCCGCCGCAAUGUGCGUGCGCUGAAGGCUACAGCGGGCGGCUGUGCGAGGCGGCGCGCGACGCGUGCGCUGACGCGGGCGCUGCAGCCUGCCUGCACGCCGGCCGCUGCCUGGACCGCCGCGGCCACUUCCUCUGUGACUGCACCAACACAGGUUGGACGGGCGCGCGCUGCGAGACUGACGUGGACGAGUGCGGCGCGGCGCUGGUGGACUGCGGGCCCGGCCGCUGCCGCAACUUGCCCGGCUCCUACACAUGCGAAUGUUCGCCGGGCUACUGCGGUGACGAGUGCAAGCUGCCGGACCCGUGCUACGAGGUGAUUGUGCGUGAUGAUGGUACGGAUACUGCGGAUGCUACGGAUACUGUGGACCCCGAUCUCCCGCAAAGCAACGCGACCGCGCCGACGGGCCCGUGUCAGAACGGGGCGCGCUGUGAGCAGCGCUGCUCCUCGCGAGUGGACUACGUGUGCCACUGUGUUGAUGGCUGGGCUGGCAAGAACUGCACACAACAGGCGGUGAGCCUGGGCGCGGGCGCGGGGGCGGGCGGCGGGGCGGGGCGCGUGGCGCUGGGCGCGGGGCUGGCGCUGGCGGCGCUGGCGCUGGCGGCGGCGGGCGGCGCGGCGCUGGCGGCGCAGGCGCGCCGCAAGCGCGCCACGCGCGGCACCUACUCGCCCUCGGGCCAGGAGUACUGCAACCCGCGCGCCGAGAUGAUGCACCACGCGCUCAAGCCGCCGCCCGAGGAGCGCCUCAUAUAG